AUGAGUCCGGAUGUGGUCAACGGCAAUGCUAUCCAUGCCUUGGAUCUGACUGUCCUCGGCCUGAACAGCGGGACGUCAAUGGACGGUAUCGACUGUGCCCUUUGCCGUUUCCGGCAGGAGACCCCUGAGUCGCCUAUGCACUUUGAGCUGCUGAAGUAUGGCGAGAUCCCGCUGGAGGCGGAAAUCAAGAAACGGGUUAUGAACAUGAUCUUGCACAACAAAACCUCUCCGUCUGAGUUGUCAGAAGUCAACGUCAUCCUAGGCGAGACGUUUGCGUCGGCAGUGCACCAGUUCUGCAAGGACUUCAAUGUCGACAUUGACUCGAUUGAUCUCUUGGGCUCCCACGGCCAGACGAUCUGGCUGCUCUCUAUGCCCGAGCCAGGCGAGACUCGAAGCGCAUUGACGAUGGCCGAGGGAACAUUCCUGGCCUCGCGCACGGGUAUCACCUCAGUGACAGACUUCCGUGUGAGCGAUCAAGCUGCCGGGCGCCAAGGUGCUCCACUGAUUGCGUUUUUUGAUGCGUUAGUGCUACACCACCCGACCAAGUUACGUGCUUGUCAGAACAUCGGUGGCAUCGCAAAUGUGUGCUUUAUCCCGCCAGACACCCACGGCGGUGUAAAUGAAUGCUACGACUUUGAUACUGGCCCAGGCAAUGUUUUCAUCGAUGCCGUGGUGCGCCAUUACACCAACGGCGAGCGUGAGUAUGAUAAAGACGGCGAGAUGGGUGCGCGUGGUAUUGUUGACCAGGAGCUUGUGGACGACUUCUUACGCCACCCAUACUUUGCCCUGAGAUCCGCCGAAAACUACGGGCCGCGAGCGGAGACCAAGGGUCUUAGUCCUGACGACGUUGUGGCCACUAUCACCCGUGUCACAAGCCAGGCUAUUGUGGAUCACUACCGUCGCUAUGCCCCGAAAGACCUAGCGAUUGCCGAAAUCUUUAUGUGUGGCGGGGGCGCGUAUAACCCUAACAUCACGUCAUUUAUCCAGAAGCACUAUCCCGACACUCGCAUUAUGAUGUUGGAUGAUGCCGGGAUUCCCGCUGGUGCCAAAGAGGCCAUCACCUUCGCCUGGCAGGGUAUGGAGGCUGUGGUGGGCCGCUCCAUUCCUGUUCCCACGCGCGUCGAGAAUCGUCAAGAAUAUGUGCUCGGAAAGGUGUCUCCGGGCAAGAACUAUCGCAAGGUCAUGCGCCAAGGUAUACUUUUCGGUGCGGGUCGCGAUCAUCUCUCCCCAGUGAAGGAGCUGGUCAACUAUGUCGAUGGCAAGGUCUUCAAUAACAAGUGUUAA